UCAGUAAGCUACAAGAAAAACAUCAGAAGUCAAGUCAAGUCUUUAAAUGACUUGUCCUGCAGUAGUUAGGUACAUCCAGCACUUUGUCUGCCUUUUAUCAGAUCUCAAAUCAGAUACACACUUGAACCCAGGACCUGUCGUCCUCAAAGUGCGUCGCCGGGAACUCUGGAGUGGACGAGCCUUUGAUAAAGCUGUCAGAUUUUAGAGGGACAUAAAACUUGUUAUAGGCGCUCUAUCUCUGCACUUAUCUGUUGUCAAAAACGAGCCAUACAAUGGAUUUCUCAUUCUGCCUCCUAAUAUGUCUUCUGAGUGCUAUCACUCUGUUCAAUCAAAGGUGAGUUGAGAAGUUUCAUUUACUUUAAUAUUUUACCUGAACAUUUAUUUGAAUAGUAGCUGGAUGCAUUUUACUUUUACUGAUGUAGUUAUUCAUCUUCAAGAUUUACUCAUAAAUUAAUAAAAUAAAUAAUUGUGACAGUGUUUAUAUAAAGUUUGUAUCACAAGUAUUUAUAUAGUUGCUACAUUAUUCAGGUGUGUUUUAAUGACAUAACCUAGCUACAGUUAACCCAGUCUUGUCUAUGUUGGCAUUCAGGUUCAUUGUAGGCAUUGCUCUUGUAUGCAAAUCAUAUUGUGCAAUUAUAGCACUGUACAAUAAAUAACUCAAAAUAAUUUUUAAGUUUGCAAAUCCUGUUAGUCCAACAUUAGAGGGGUUCAGUUGGUUAUAAUCGCAUAAUAAGUAUAAUAUUGCAGAUAAAACAGGCUUUGUUCCAUGUUGGGUCAGUGUAGGUAGAUACUUUGGAUACUGUAAUAACCCAAAAUUGAAUGAAAGGGUUAUACCAUUUUUAUUUAUGCAUACCUGUUUAAUGAUCAGGAUGCUGUACCACAGAUAGACUACAUUUCAAUCAUAAUGGACAUAAAUGUUCCCAAGUACUUUUCUAGGAUUAUUUAUUGACUUGAAAAGUUAUCCCACACUUGUGGGAUGUGUUUAUUUUUUAUUCUUGCCAACAUGUCGUUCCAUCCUCUGUUGUGACAUGCCCCUUCAUUCAAUACCAGAUUACAAGAUUUAAAGUUUGAUGUCAUAGAGUGCUUUGAGACAUGGUAAAAUGAGUUGUAAAAAUGCAAUCUGUUAUUUUACAUAUACAUGUUUCAUUGGUCAAUACUAUGAUUACAGUAACAACUCAGCAAAUAUGAAUGAUUGCACAAAUGGAAUUUGAUGUAAUGAACUUCAUGAGAUUGCCUUUGUGUGUUUGUGUGUGUGUGUGUGAGUGAGUGAGUGAGUGAGUGUGUGUGUGUGUGUGUGUGUGUGUGUAUGUGUGUGUGUGUGCGUACUUGUGUGUGUGUGUGUGUGUAUGUGUGUGUGUGUGUGCACAUGUGUGUGUGUGUGUGUGCACAUGUGUGUGUGUGCAGGAGCCAAUAUUAUUUAAGAAUGCAUAACAAAAUAAUAAUAAAACAAUUAUUUUUCAUUUCCUCAAUGUACAAUGUACCACUUUCAGAUCUUCAACCACUUCAUGAGUCAAUACUGUCAGAAACAAUUUACAGCCAUAAACUCUCAGAAGUGUAAUACUGUAAAACACCUGACUCCUGUCUUGUGAAUGACUGUUGUUACACAUUAUUUACAUGGCACAGAAGUAUCAAUCAUGUACUACAGUACAGGCACACCUUAACAUUAAAUCUUCUGUGUUCCAGGGUAGAUUCCAACGAGAUUCUAGGGCUGAAAAUCCCUAAUAUUGACCCCAUUCUCAACGCCAACACUGUGUGCUUGACCCUGCCUGGACUGAACCGCAGACAACUGGAGGUGUGCAUGAGAAACCCAGACGUCACCGCCUCGGCCAUCCAAGGGAUCCAGAUCGCCAUCCAUGAGUGCCAGCACCAGUUCAGAGGACACAGGUGGAAUUGCUCCAGCCUGGAGACCAGGAACAAGAUCCCAUACGAUAGUGUGGUUUUCAAACGAGGUGAGUCACCUUACAGAAAGUACGGGAAAGGGAACCCCCUUAGUUAAAAAGGGUGCUUCUGAUUACCACGUCUGCAUCCCAAAUGGCACCCUAUUGUCUAUAUAAUGCCCUUCUUGUCAAAAGUAUUGCACUAUAAAAGGAAUAGGGUACCAUUUGGGACAUAUACCACAGGUCCCCUUUACUCAUCCACUUCACACACUGACUCAUAAAGCUGUUUGUCAUUAUUAUUAUUAUUGGAGGAGUUGUUGGUUUUCUGGCAUUUGGUUAUGGAUGGGUAUGUUUUGUCUGAGGCAUAGAAACUCUAAAUGAUAGAUAUAAACAACCACUUUUAAAUGAGGUGAUUCAUCCGCUAAGAAAUGAAUACUGAAUUAAUAUUUUGUUACAUAGUUGCAGUACAUUAAAAUAUAUUUUCUUGUACUACGUUUUAUUUGAACUGGGCACCAACAAACAUACAGUAAGUACAGUAUCCCAACGGCAGAAAUAUAGCUAUUAAGCUAAUGUGAGUCUUUGUUUAUUUAGAAGCUUUUAUGAGUGGGUUUUACACAUGCAGCAUAUUAUGCAUGCCCUAUCUAAUUGUUUGUUUGGAUAUCUAAUUUUACUACAGGAAACGAAUGUCAUAUCCUCUUUACAUGAAACAUAUAUCUGCCUGUUUAUUUAUUCUGACAUACUUUAUGGGGCCAUAUUUCUACAUUAACCUGAAUUAAAGCUAAGCUAAAAAGCCAGUGAGACACAUAAAGUGAGCCUUCUCGAGGCCUGGCUAAUGCUUUUACUCUCUGCCAGUGCAAGUGCUGUGAAUUUGCUCUCAGCACUUUCCCAACUCUCAGUGGCAAUACAUAAACCUGUUUAGUUGGUUUCUGUAAGACAAAGUGACAGUUUUCUUUAAUCUUUAAUUAAUUUUCCCACUUCCUCAGCCAUCAGUUCAGCCGGGCGUGCCUCUUUUAAAUUAUUUGUUAGACUGAUUUGUUCCAGGUCUUUCGCCUCAGCCUGCUUGGGAGGAAAUCUAAAACAGCAUUUUCAUGUCUGUGUCUCUGGACUGCAUCUAAGUGCUGUCCUCCGUCCCCCAUGGAAUCAUGGCAAGAUGGAGAGGGAGAAAAACGACUCUGUGUCUGUGUGCCUUCAUGCGUGUGUACAUGUGUGUACGUGCGUGUGAGUGAAAAGGGGAUGAUCAAUGAAACAUCAUCGACUAUAUGUUAUCUAUCCUCUAAACCAGUGUUUCCCAAACUAGGGGUCACAACCUGAUUUGAAAAUGAGGUCGCGAGAGAAAGUCUUGAAAAAAAUAAAAUAAUGCUUGGUUCAUAGAGCCGGGGUUACAUCAGUAACCUCCGGUAGCCGCUAGAUGCGGUUGUAAUAAACAGAGCGGUUUCUGUUUUCUUCCUACAAAUGUGGCUCUAUCUUUUGAAUGGUUUAACCUUUUACUGUAGUGGGCUAAAUCAGGGCCACACAGAGUGAUUCUUGGUAGUCUUAAACAAAUCCACUUUGAAACAAAAGUAUACACCUCACACACAUGGUUAUGGGCUUAAAAAACAGAAGACACCUAUACCAUGUCAGAUAUAGAGUUGAAAUGUAUUCAAUUCUUUGUUUGCAUCCCAAUAUUACACGUUAUAUACAUCAUAAAAUACUGAAAUAUAACAAAACUGUUUGUCGUAAAAAGAUAAAUAAAUCUUUAUUCAUUAUUCAUUAUGAAAAAUAUGAAUAACAUUCCACCCAUGAGGCCAAAGAGGGUGCUUUUGGUAAUUGACUGCAGAAAAGAGCUACGAUCCAAAAUAUUAUGACCCCAUUACUGAAAGAACACUCUCUGUUUCCCUCUACAAUGCCAACAAACCAAUGAUGAUGUUCUUUUUUACACAGAAGAUCAUACAAAAUUAUUGCCUGAAUACUUCCCAGUACCUUUCUGAUGCAUUUAAAUACUGUCAAAAGUACAGUCAGACUGAUUUGUAAUAGACUGUCAUAGCCCCAAUUAAAAAAGUAAACAUCGGUCGUUGAUUACAUCACUUUUUUUACAUGGUGGGGUUGGCCAUUUUUUUAUAGAUAAAAAUGGGGUCGCGGCCCAAAAACGUUUUGGAACCCCUGCCUAAACCCUUUGGAUGCUUUUCUUUCAGGCAUGGUAGCAUUUUUUCUGAAUAUGUUUUCUGUAUAGUGCAAAUUCCAGACAUUACUGGUUCACACCUGAUUGAACAGUGCAGUUUUUCAUUAGUCAUGUGCUCCAUCUAAGGUAGACAAAAAAGGGGACAUUCGUGAUGCAGCUUUCAAAGGUCUAAUGAAUCAAGCUAAAAUCUGCAUUGAACUGGGGUCAUGGCCAGUUUAGGACUUGGGUGUGAGCAUAUCUUUAUUUAAAUGUUUUUUUGGUACUUUUUACUUUUUUUCCCCAAUUCGUAGUUACAGUCUUGUCUCAUCGCUGCAACUCCCGUACAGACUCGGAAGAGGCGAAGGUCGAGAGCCAUGCAUCCUCCGAAACACGACCCUGCCAAGCCGCACUGCUCGCUUAACCCGGAAGCCAGCCGCACCAAUGUGUCGGAGGAAACACUGUCCAACUGGCGACCGAAGUCAGCGUGCAUGCGCCCGGCCCGCCACAAGGAGUCACUAGAGCGCGAUGGGACAAGGACAUCCCGGCCGGCCAAACCCUCCCCUAACCUGGACGACGCUGGGCCAAUUGUGUGCCGCCUCAUGGGUCUCCCGGUCGCGGCUGGCUGCGACACAGCCCAGGAUCGAACCCGGGUCUGUAGUGACGCCUCAAGCACUGCAAUGCAGUGCCUUAGACCGCUGCGCCACUCGGGAGGCCGGACUGAGCAUCUCUACAAUAGUGACAGAUAGGGCUGUUUGGCUGUAGGAUUUCCAAUCAAACUGUAAGCUUUAAAGGGGAAAUCAGCUGUUGAAUCACAAAUCGGUUUCCCCGCCCCUGUUUCGGUAAAAAGCUGAAGGUUGGGUCUGGAGAAAUGCAACCACUCUCAAGUUCAUAGACAGAGCUAUGGAUGCAAGAACUGACCAUCCAUGAUAUAAAAAAUUAUAGUUUUAACCAUGUUUUGAGGCUAUAGUGUUAGUUUACAUUUAUUUGUUUACUAACAUUGGAGCAAAACAAGCCUAUACUUUGGGUUCUGAUCGGGUAUGACAGUUUAAUUAAGCUUAUGAGGCAGUAAUAAGUUAUAUUAUUCAAGAAUCAAUGGGUACAUAUCAUUAAAUUAUAAGUCUAAAAAUGGAUGUCUCAACUGCGGAUUGCCCCUUUAAAGUCUUGAACUUAACAAGUUAUUUGACAUAUUCUAAACAUGUUUGUUUAAUAACACAACAUUUCUCUUCAGUAAGUUAUUCUGAGAAGGGAUGGUUUUAAAGGAACUCGGGGAGUCAUGGUUACAGGCUAUUAAGUCUGACCGGCACUAAGAAGAGUACAAUAUAGACAGAUACUCUGUAUGUUACCCCGUUACCCUAGAAAUGGGGAGCACUGGACAGAGAAAGUCUAGGCCCAUUAACUUGGUGUAACAAUGUUAAGAUUCUCUAGCACAACUGGAGAAAAACCCUCAGAAUCGCCUUACACACGUGUGGAUCCACUGUCAAAGAUGUGUCAAAUAUGACAUAUAUAUAUACAGUAUGUGGGACAGGCCCUGCCCUAGGCAUAAGCGACAUUGCCUAGUUACAGUUUUGACUUAAAUCGGCUUGGAAAUCUAUGGCAAGACUUUAAAAUGGCUGUCUAGCAAUUAUCAACAACCAACUUGACAGAGCUUGACAUUUUUUUUAACGAAUAAUGUGCAAAUAAUGUGCAAAUAUUGUACAAUCCAGGUGUGCAAAGCUCUUAGAGAUUUAGCUAGAAAGACUUACAUCUGUAAUCGCUAUUUCAAAUUCAAUAAAUGUGCAAAAAUUCUAAAAACAUUUAUUAACUUUGUCAUUAUGGGGUAUUGUGUGUAGAUGGGUGCGAAAAAAAAAAAAAAUAUAUUGAAUCCAUUUUGAAUUCAGCCUGUAACAACAAAAUGUGGAAUAAGUCAAGGGGUAUGAAUACUUUCUGAAGGCACUGUAUGAGUAUUUACAAUCCCCUUCUCCAAAUGGAUGACUAAUUUACCUAGCUCUUAUGAAUAGCUCUUAUCAAUGUAUAAAUUACAGUGUAUGGAGAAUGCUGUUAUUUCAAGGUCAGAAUACGGUGUAUCUGUAGACACACCUCUGCCACACCUUCAUUUAUUUGAUCUCCACCCUGAACGAAUUGCGGUUGAAUAGCAUGCUAUUCUCAUGCUUAGGUUCAAGGUCAGAAUAUGCACAGAGAGAAAAAUGCAUAAAAAGGGAAUUGCCUUCCAUUUACCCGCACUUAACUUGAGUCGUAAUUCCCCCCCAUGUGAAUAGGCAGGCAGAUCAAACGGCUGACAACAGUAGCCAGGCUAAUUGUAAACAUGCUGGAGAGCUCAAUAAAGGGAGAGCUUUAAAGGGGAUUAACAAUACGGUGCUCAUGUCUUCUGCACCACCAUCGGCCACUUCCAUCCCUGCUUAUGAUCACUGUCAGAUCCUUGUGUUGAAAGGAUGGUGGAUGGUGGGGGUCUGUUCACUUUCAGCCCCUGAGCCUGGAGACAUGCAAGUGUUUGGGCUUAAUUACUAUUGUCCCAGAUGUUUCUCUGCCUCUGUUGUGUUGUGAGGCACGGUGGGGGUUUAUACUGGUACUGCAGUCUAUCUCAUCAACCCAUCAGGACUCAUUGGACUUCUCCUCAGCUCAACAGAUACUCAUCUACUGCACUGUACUGUAUAUGCAGUAGGAAUCAAAAGGUGUACAGCAGGAUUUCGAUCUUAAACAUGUCCCGUCCCGCCCCCCCCCCCCCCCCCCCCCCCAGGUUUCCGUGAGAGUGCCUUUGCAUACGCCAUCGCAGCGGCGGGCGUGGUCCACGCCGUGUCCAACGCCUGCUCCAUGGGGAAGCUGAAGGCGUGCGGCUGUGACGAGAAGCGGAGAGGCGACGAGGAGGCCUUCCGCAUCAAACUGAACCGGCUGCAGCUGGAGGCCAUCCACCGCGGGAAGGGCAUGGUGCACGGUGUCAUGGAGCACUUCCCUGCAGACCUGCCCGGGCCUCAGGACUCCUGGGAGUGGGGAGGCUGCAGCCCCGAUGUGGACUUUGGGGAGAAGUUCUCUCGGGACUUCCUGGAUUCGCGUGAGACCUACAAGGACAUCCAUGCCAGGAUGAGGCUCCACAACAACAGAGUUGGCAGGCAGGUGAGAGGAGGCGUUUCAGCUACUGAAGUGGGCUGUUUGGGGGUGGUGGGUGGGGGGAGUUAUGACUGUGCAGAGGGGUACAGCUCUCUUCUCUCUAAAGAAAAUACUAUUUGAGAAGGUCCGGUCACACAAAGGUGGCAAGGUCCGGUGGCAAGGUCCGAAUGCGUAGUAACAAAACCCCACCUCGCAACCGAUGCGAUCCCAAACUGUUCAAACUGUUCACACCCCUCUUGUUGGCAGAGAGAACAUUUCCUGCAAUUCUACACAUUUUGCCAUGUCUUAUGUGGGUUCAUAUGAUACCAGGGGUCGAAGCCCGACUGAGUUCAAAUGUUUUAUUUAUUUUUUAGUUGGGAUCCGCGGUCCGUAUUGACCCCGUUCUCUGGGUCCGGAUCCAGCCUGUGGUCCACCUGUUGAGAAUGGGGACUUAGUGUGUGGGGGCCCAUAGGGCUAUGGUCAAAAGCAGUGCACUUAGAUCGCCAUUUGGGACACAUUCUUAGUUCACUGAGGAGUUUUUUAUGGAAAAGACACAUUAAUGCAGGUACAAAAUGAAAGGAUUACGACUCGAGUCCUAAUGAUAACGUCAUUUUGAGGCACACGCUCUGAUUUUAUCGGCUCAGUGUCAGUAGUGACCUAUCAAAUACAGAUUACUCACUGAUUUCUCCACAUGAUGCAAUUGCCUUGCAUGUGUGGUCUCUUUGAGUCAGGCUUCCUCUCUCACUUAGUUUGUAAUCAGGCUGUUGUAGCAAUACAAUAACAACCAUGGAAGCAGCUGAAUAUGUUGUUUGAAAGUACUCAUAGUUUUAGUAUGGUUUAUCAGAUAUCAAUAUAGGAAAUCGUUAAUGGAUUGAUAUGAAAUAAAUGUCAUAGCUGACAUUUAUUGGCAAAGUUGGUGUCGUCACCACCCCUCACCAUAUACAUUUUCCUAUCAUUAUUACAUUUCAAAGCAAGAUGCCUCCUUAUGCUUUUUGUGGAUGUCAUAGCCAGAACUCCUGUCCAAGCAACUGUGAUCUUGCAAUUUUGUCACGCCCUGGCUCUGGGGACUCUCGUAUGUUGAGCCAGGGUGUUAAUUUCUAGGUUUUGUAAUUCUAUGUUGGCCAGGGUGGCUCCCAAUCAGAGACGGCUGUAGCUCGUUGUCUCUGAUUGGGAGCCAUACUUAGGUAGCCGUUAGGCAUUCAUUUGGUGUGGUUUCUUGUUCCGUGUUGGUUGGUGUAUGUAACCAGGGACGUCACGUUAUCGUUUUGUUGUUUUGUUCGUGUGAUCAUUAUUUAAUAAAUAUGUUCGCAUUCCACGCUGCGCCUUGGUCCUCUGUUCCCGACGAUCGUGACAAAUUUAUGCAUGCUCAAUUUAAUCUACUUAUGUGUUCCUAUGGGCAGUGUAGCAUUUGGCUAAUAAAGAAGCUUGGUUAUGAUGGCCAUAAAGCAGUGGUCUGGAAUUCGAACGUAAACAUCAACAAUUUCCUUCUAAAAAAACAUGGUUAUCCUUAACUGUAGUUUUCUUUGGUUGAUGUUAUGAUACCAUAGGUGAUCAAUUGAAUAACAUUAGUAUGGUAUUCCAUGGGUAUUUUCCCAGCAUAUAGUUGAUUUCAUGGACAGAUGCUUGAGGUUGCCAUGGUAUUAUUAAAUGACAGCGAUAAGUUAUGGUUGCUCCCAGGCAGCACUGUUGCCAUACACAAAAGGAGCAGUAAAUUUCACAUUGUUCGACGCUUCCUCCUGAGUAAUUUGGUCUUGAAUCUUUUCAUCCGUUUACUUCUGGUUUCCUUGAUUAUUCAGACAAAACACAAAUGUGGAGUUACUCAGCCAAGGAGCGUGAGAGAAAGAGUGAGAGAGAGAGAGAGAGAGAGAGAGAGAGAGAGAGAGAGAGAGAGAGAGAGAGAGAGAGAGAGAGAGAGAGAGAGAGACUCAGAUGAUUGUCCUGAUUUUCAUGUGCAGCAGGGCCGGCAAUAAAGCCAUGCUCUGCCCUACACAGUGACCCAUUAUUGUGUCCAUAGCAUAGGUACAAUGAGCCAUGAAAUGAUUUGCUUCUUGGCCAGUGAUAUACUGUAAAAUCAGAUGACAUACAUUGAAAAAACUAAUAUCAUUUCCAAAUCAACAGUCAGUUUAAUUUAAUUAAGAAUUUCAGAGUUUCUAUGUUAUGUACUAUGAGGCUACUGUUGUUAGUUGGAUGACAAGACCGAUGAUAUAUGAUCAGUGUUACACCCCUUUGUUUUAGGAAGUUGCACUGUUAUGACAAAAAUAUAUCAACAUUGGGAAGAUAGAGAGGCGUAGCUAGCUACUGACUUUUGAUCUAUUUGACAAUCAGGGUGAUAAGUUGCAGGGAAGAUUCAUAGUUUGGGGACAUUGAAGCUCUGUUUUUGACAAGAGGCCUAUUUGGCAACAAUAGCUGGUUGUGCUAGAAAAGUACCUGCUGCUACUGGGAAAUGCUUUGAAACUGUCAAAACUGCUUUUGGAGACAGCUUCUUGAAGGAGAGCCAAGAAAACCGGAACUAUUAACAUACACAUUGGUUGAAACAAAAGCUAUCCAAGUUGAUAUCCAAGAACGCUGUCCAACAGUUGCACUUUGUAAUUAACAGGAAGAUUAUCAUAAAAUGUAUUUCAGUAUGGCUCAAUUACAUAUUGCUGGAAUUUAUAUGCAGUUUAUUGUGAACAGUUUUAACGAACUUAAUGUACAUUAUCUGACCUGUGUUUUGACACAGAUUUUGACCAGAGUUGCAUUCAAAGCUGCAGAGUCGGUGCAUCUGCUAGUCGUCUCUCAGAUCAGGUUACACAAUGCUCUGGGUAUGUGGAGUGCAGUUCUCUUAGCACACCUCAUACAUCAAUGCUUUAAUAUGUUCUAAGCUGGGAGAAGAAAACAAUUGAAGGUACAAAUGAAAUAUACUAAAGCAGACAUCAGAGGUACAGUAUGACUCAUGGAGUUAUGCAUCGUUAGAAGAACACAGCCAGAGCAGCACCUUGACAACUUCAAACAGAGCAGAAAGCCCCCCCCCCAAAUCAAAAUGAAAACACUGACAGGUGAGGUCUCAAAUAAUACCUCCUCCCUCCCCCACCUCCCCCAACCCCUCCCCAUAAAAAGGAGCUGUCUUUUGUAGAGGAAUGUGGCGGUUUUAGUGGGGUAUACAUGUCGCCUCAUGCCCACCCUCUGGUUGUCACAACGUUCAGUCUUGUUAAAAGCUCUAAUUAGUGGCUGUUGGCUCUUUGGAAACAGAUGUUUAAACCCAGCAAAAGAUUUUAGACAUCAAACACGGCGGAAAGUAAAAAGAGAUUCGCCCUUCCUUCCCCCCAAAUACAAAUUUCAGAGAAGUUUAUCAGUCAUAGAAAAAGGGAUAUUUUUUUACCAAAGCACAUCCCUCUCAUUACGACUAUUUUCUCUGCAUUAAUUCUAAGCAAAUGUUUAGUAAAAUGUACUGUGCAGCAGUGUGUUGUGUAUAAUUAUGUGAUGAUUGAUCGGAACAUGGUUUUCGAGGUUACAGUGGCUGUCGAUAACAUGGAAACAUUUGCAAGGGUAGUAAAUUCCUUUCGCUAACAUUUUCAUUGGAAUUACUCAAUUUGACCUGCACAGCCACAACAAAUGCUGGCAUUAUUUCACAUAGCAUGUCUGUUUUCCCAGCUACGAGCAAUGUGCCUGGAUAGUAGAUAUUAGCUCUCUGCUUUUAUGUUGUAUAUUUUGAUUAAUGAGGUCUCUCUCUCUCAUAUGUAGCAGAGCUUAUUACACAUUGACUGUGCCUUGUGACCAGUUGGUCUUUAUAAAGUCUUUAUGGUGGCCUGUUGGAUCUCCAUUAGAGGUGUAUAGCAUCUAAGGAGAGGGAGCAUUCCAUUGGGCCAACAGUGGAUCAGUUUCACCACCAUGGUCUAGGCUCUCACAGGGGCACAACCAAAACAAAUGCUCAAUACUGUUUAAGGCACAGCAUGUGGAAGCUAUCGAUGUAAUAACAUUUUAUUAGAAGGCCCAAAUUGGAUCUGUGAAUGUUGUGUACAAUUAACUGAGAGUAAUACUCCACGUGAUUGUUGUGUAGCGGACGGUUCUCAUUAGGUUGUUACUUUAUGAUGAAAUGAUUGUUCAGUGUCAGUUAUUGUGUGGCCUCGUUUUAAUAAUUAUUUGAUGACGUGUUUGAAUUACUUACUUGAUGCUGAAAGUUAAUGUGUUGUGGGUUUGUUUAUAUUCUUUGAAAUCUUGGCUUUGUGUCCCUUUAUGGUUGUUAUUACAUGUCUUUGAAAUGAACUACAUAAAGCAGUGUACAAUGUUACUUUGUUUGUAGAAACGGACGUUUGAGAUUCCAGGACAGAUAUAUCUCCCAUAAAUAUCUAAGUUGUAACCCACAGAAUGUAGCAAACUUCAUAACUUAACGUCAUAUUUGCUAAACAUUGAGUCAUUAUAGUACUCUAAAUCUCAUUAAAGAUAGACAACAUACCAGUAACAAUCCACAAACAAGACAGUCAACAGAAGUAAUUUAGGCCAUAACAUUUUAAUAGACUAUUCAAUAAAAAAAAUUAUGACACAAUAAGGAUGAUAGGAAUAGGGGAUUAAGCACGUUGACAAUAUUAAACAGACACACUAUUUGAUAGAGGAAGGAACAUGGUUUGCGUCCCAAACGGCACCCUAUUCCCUAUAUAGUGCACUAAAUAGGGAAUAGGAUGCCGUUUGGGACUCAGGCAUAGCAAAGCGUUUAAGUGCUCUGUACACCAUGUAAUACCUAGUAUUGCCUGUGGUCCUAAUCUGCUACCAAUAUGUCUUAUUUGAUCUCAGUCUGGGGCUGGUUUAUAGAGGAGUCUGUCUCACUCUUCCCCAAUUAAAACAGCCCAGAUGUGUGUUUUUAACGGUGGUCUGCCAAUGAAUUUGAGGGCAAUUUUUUUUCCUUUGCAUAACUACAGUGUUAGUUUAUAAGACCUACAUAUGUAGUCCACAGUUUUCAUUGAGACUGACAGUCAAAGGCCUGAGACAGAGGCCUUUGGAGGAUAUGACCAUGUGUAGUUAAACAUGAACGUCUCCUCAUACAUUAUAAGAGGGCAUUCAAAUCGAGACGAUACACUAGAAAAAAAAAAGGUUUCUUCGGCUGACCCCACGGGAGAACCCUUUGAAGAAUCCUUUUGGGUUCCGUGUAGAACCUAAUAUGGAAAGGAUUCUAAAAGGGUUUCUUUAAAGGGUUCUCCCAUGGGGACAGCCAAAGAAUCCUUGUAUGCAGUUUUCUUCUAAGAUGAUACUGUUGUAAUACCGAGGUACCAGCCUAAAUAUUGUAAGUAUUGUUUGUUUAUAUCACCGUUUAUUUCCUUGUCCAUGUUGCUGGGGACAUCUGACAGUUACCAUGUAUAAUAUGCUUUGUAAACAUGAUGGAGUAUUGUGUGAAUACACCAUAGAGUGAGACCUGUACAAGACAGGCAGUAUUAGCUGUGUAAUGAGACCAUUGUUAGGCUAUGGUUGCAUUAUACUAUAUACUGUAUAUCCCAUAGGCCAUAGGGCUCUGGUCAAAAGUAGUGCACUAUAUAGGGAAUAGGGCGCCGUUUGGGACGUGGCCUAUGAGAUGCUAAUCACUGGAUGGCAGACACAGACAUGAGCAUCAGAUAGUUCCUGUACUCUGCUCUCUGUUCUCCCUCCAGGCCUGUCUAGCCUCUGGGCCUAUGAGUGAGAUUCUAAAACCCAGUCAGUUCCGCUUCCAAAAGGGCACCAUAAAUCACUGCCAUAUCAGCGUCUCUCGUCAGUCAGUCACUUCCAGGAGAGCUCAGCUCGGCAGCGGCUCAAACACUCUUCCUCCCAGUGCCACAGGCACACCCACGUCGACUCAGCUCAUGCCCCCAGGUGCACCCUGGGACACGGCGUGGAGGAAAGGGAACAAUCUUCCUGAUCUGAUCAUCAUCACCGCACUCAUGUCAGACCGGGCCACUUAUGGUAAGAGCAGGCAGGUCCCAUUUCCUAAACUGUGACAGCUCUGAGGUUUUAUGCCUGUUUUGGUUUCAGUCAUCUCUCGUUUGAGUGUGUCAUUUUUGUGUCCCACACUUACAGGCUUCAGGAUAUUGCUUCAUCCAGUUUUUUUGAUAGUAAAUAAACGUACUAGUUAGACAGUUGAUUAUGAGAAUUAAUGAAAACAACUACAGUAAGGAUACAAUUAGACCGGCCAGUUCAGUGUGUAUCUAAAGGGUUAAGUGGGUUACUGUUGUGUAAUUACAGGGUGUAUAUAUAGCCAGAAGGAUACAGUUCAGGGAAGUAACUUGGUCUGAUGUAAAAACGAAGCUUAAAAGGCCUGAAAGUAUUUCCCCAGGUUUGUGAUGGUGGUCUGAUUGGGCUGUGAUCGAUAGUUGUUAGCUUUGGCCCCAGUGAGAUCAAGAGUGUUGUUUCUCUUUCCCUAUCAUUACUAAUGGAUGACUCAAGUGGGUCCAUUUAUCACUCUCCCACUCUACUCAUUCACACAGAAUAACACUUUCUCUCUAUUCAAUGGGAACACCUACGAGAGGCCCUGAAAUGGAAACCCACAGCACGCAAACCCAAGCCUUAAAGAAUUCAUGCUCCUCCACAAAGUAUAUCUUCUUUUGGCAAAUGUUCAAAAUGACCUUUAGUCUUAGAGUGGCUACGACGAUCCCUUGGCUCAAACCAUCAGAAGGCUCUGUUUAAUGGAUCAGAACACAGCUGAAUAAUAGAGUGGAUUUCGACUCGUUUUUACCAAGGGAAAACACGUUUCAGGGUCUCCUCGCUCUUCAUCAGAUGCUAGCUCAAAACAAAGAAAGAGAAGCCAGCACAUGAAAUAGUGCAGUUUCAUCUCAGCUCGUUUUAUUUGUGACUCACUCACAUACUGUAGUAGUAGAAACUUAAUCCUUUAGCAUUCGACAGACUAAACUUGACUACUCUCAAAGUUUUCGAACGUCUUCGUGUGUGUGUGUCCCAGGGCAGCUGCGUAGAGGCCUAGGAGAGAGUAGAAUGUGGGAGUGCUGAAGGUGUGUGUUUGUGCUUGUGCUGUUGAUAGGGGUGUGUGUAGGAGCAUCUGUCAGUGCUGAGGGUGGCCCCUUUUCCUGUUGGUAAUUGGAUCUAAAAGUGUAUAACUCAGGCUGACAGAUGAGUGCAUUGUUGAGAAAAUGGGAGGUCUGGGAGUGUGGGAAGGACAUCCUCAUUCGGGAUGUGAACUUGGCAUUGUCUGAAAGAGCACUACUACAGUACAGCUUCGUCGAGUCAGUUAUUCCAGGCAAAACAUCUCAAUAGUAGGCUAGUGCUACCUACAUAUUUGUGAUGCCUGUAAUAAUUUUUAUGCCUAAUUAGUUACUCAGCAAUAUGAAGCAUACACACAUAGCCCAUGUUGGGAGUGGUGGCCAGGAUCAAGUGGAAGGGAGUUCCACCACCUUAGAGUGAGAAAUAGUUUAAAUGAAGUGUAUUUCUGUUGAACAUUACUGUAGAAAAGUUAAGCCAAUCAUUUUAGUGACAAUUAUAUGUGAUAAAUGUUAACAGUUGUGGAAUGAAAGAGGAGUCUAAUCACAGUCUAGUUGAUUUGCCUAAUUUGAUGAGUGAACAUGUGUCCUACUACAGGAUGGGAUGAAGGAGGAUGUUAACGUGCAGUUCCCUGUUCCCCUCUGUGCAGGUGGUGAUGGACCACAUGAGACGGAAAUGCAAAUGCCACGGGACAUCAGGAAGCUGCCAACUGAAGACCUGCUGGCAAGUCACACCGGAGUUCAGGGUGGUAGGCUCGCUGCUCAAGGAGCAUUUCCACAUAGCCACCCUCAUCAAAGCCCACAACAGGAACACAGGCCAGCUGGAGCACGCCCACCACCCCACACACAGACGCAGAUCCAACCUCAACGAGCUGGUCUACUUUGAGAAAUCCCCGGACUUCUGCGAGAGGGAUUUGCGGUCCGACUCGGCCGGAACGCAAGGGAGGAUCUGUAACAAGACGAGUCCAGAGAUGGACAACUGUGAAAGCCUCUGCUGCGGGCGAGGCCAUAACAUCUUACAGCAGACCCGCAGUGAACGAUGCAAUUGCAAGUUCCACUGGUGCUGUUACGUGGUCUGCGAAGAGUGUCGAAUAACAGAGUGGGUCAGUGUCUGCAAAUGAAGAAAUGCAGAAAUGCAAUAAUAUACCUUUUUUAAACAGGGAAAGACUGCAAUACACCCAUUCCCUUUGCAAUGGACUGCCAUUUCCAUUAGUAGAAUGGAACGCACGAAAACAAGACUGGAAUAUAGCCAGUUCAAAGAGGUGUACAAUCAGAGUGUGCACAGCAUGUGUCCAACCACCAUAGUUCAGAGCAUCUGGAGCUGCACUGCCUUUCAUCUCAGAAAGUGUUUUUAGAUUAAAGAUAGUGAAAUACUAUGGAUAAUAUUGAUAACUGAGCACUCAUGAAUUUAAACUAGGGUUCCGAAAAUGACAAAUAGCUGAUUUUUUUAUCUAUAGAUGUAAAACAACUGCCUGGG